AUGAGCAGCUUUGCAAGGCGCAACGAAGGUAACGAUGCGUAUCUCAUGAAUCACCAAAUGGCAGUUCCUGGCUCCUAUGGUCAGCAAGACAGUCAUGACUUCAAGCAAGAAAGCCAUGACUUCAACACCCAUGGUUCUGGUUCAUAUCAUUUCCCCCAGCAUUCCUUCAAUCCAUACGGAUCUCAGUUUGGGCAGCCCUAUGGCCCGCAGUCGAGUCUGUCUCCGGGGCUGCAGCAUUUGCAAUAUACGUCGGAACAUUCGAUUCCAUCGACGACAACCCCAGAUGACCCCCGGCUACACCAUCCGCCGCAGUUCAUGUCCCAGUCGCGCUACCUCCAAGGGCCAAGGUAUCUGCCUCGCGACCCGCUGGGUGAAACGGAGAUUGAAAACCAGGAGUCUCACAACGAGGCUACAUUGUUGUCAGAGGCUGUAGUGCCCGCACUUAGUGGCUUCCCUGAUGUAAAGGAGUUUGACCAACUGAUGCAGAACUACGUUGAGGACCUGUCCAUCAAGAAGCAAGAUAAAGCGUUGAUCUAUGCUAAAAGAGCCCGUAACAUCAGAACUGUAUUGAUUGACCCCAAAGACACGGCGGUGGAGUCGGCUCAAUUUCGGAAAAUGAUCUGUCAUGAGGGAAAGCCGGUUGCAAUCCGGGAAAAAUUGUUCAAAAUCCUCACCAAGGCCCAUCAACAAUGCCAGCAUGGUGGCCGAGACAAGACAUCUGCUCAGGUCCGGCGGAUCUAUUCAUGGGUUCCCAAGGAACUGAUCUCCCGCUUCGUCAAGAUCUGCCCAACCUGCCAGGUGCGCCGUGGGGGUUCACGCUUGACGCCGCCUAAUUCGCGAAGAAGCUCCCCCAGGCUGGAGAUGGUCUCUCGAUCCCCCAAACUCCCGUCGCCGCCAAUUUCGCGACGAGAAUCGACGUUUGCUGGUCAGAUCCCCCUCGACAGGACGCAAGCAGACUAUUUUGGUCAUUUACAUGGUCACGGUAGCUGGCUGGAUAGUCAUCAAAAUGUGCAAGGCCGCUCGAAUCUAGGUAACGGAGUUCGGUCGUUCCAGGGUCCCAUGGGCAGUCUUUCACACUCAAUUGCUGGCACCUUGGAUCCAUUCUCCACCGAUUUAUCCAUCCCUCCGGCCCAACUGAGCUACACGACGGGAUAUGUCCCGACGCAUGGGACUGUGCCUCAGCGAGAGUUCUGA